UGAGAGACAAGUUAGCGGGUUUUUCGCGAAAGGAAGGAUGGGGGCAAAAGCUGGUGGGUUGACACGUGGGAAGAGGAGAACCAUUAGAUGAGGGGAGAAUUAUAGAGGGAGAGGAGUUGAUGAAGAUGGAUUAGGAGUGUAGUGAGAUGGAUGGUGGAUCCAUGGGGGAAACUGGGAAAGGUAAGGUAGUAGUUUCAGGGGAAAAAGAGGUAAUAACUACAAGAGAAUCAGCAAGAUAGAGAAGAGCAGAAAUUAUUUAGGUGUGUGUUUUGAGUUUGGAUGGAGACUUAAAUUGAGUUUUCAGGAAAAAGAAAAAAGAAAAAAAAGAAAAAAAAAAAGAAAGAGAAAAGAAAAACUGCGCAGAGAGGAGAGAGAAGUGGGGGUGGAAAAAGAAAGGCAUGGCGGCGUUGCAGAGAGAGGUGUCAUUCUGAGCCAUAAAUGUGGAUGUAUUACUAACACUGAGUUAAAAGAAAAAGAAAAGAGAAUUGAAAAAACAAAGGGUGGGAGAGAAUUGAAAGCCUGAUUAACGCGCUGUGCCCCCACUAUAAGCCACCAUCACCAGCAGCCAGCAGCCAGCAGCAGUAGCAGCAGCAGGCAACAGCUGCAUCUCAGUUUGGCGCCUCCAAUUCAGGCAGAGGGCUUCGACCCUCUGAUUAUGGAUUUUAGGUCACCCUCAGGUUCUGGGUCGUCACAGCAACAAUGUCUGGCUUUUUCACUUUAGGCGGUGGCGGCGGAGGAAGAGAAGAAGAACAAAAUAACAACCGCCCCAACCAAUUUAUUCAUCCCCCGCCGGAUAGUAGUUUGUUUUGGUACAAAGCCGGCAACGUGGAGCUAUGGCAGCAGCAGCAGCAACAUCAUCAUCAUCAUCAAGAACAACCUCUCUUUCAAACACAAUCUCGUACUACUACUACUACUACUACUCCUUACUCCGCACCACUAACCGUCCGGAACUCCGAUGAAUCCUCCUCCAGAUCGGGUAAUUUCAUGAUGAUAAGUUCGGGAUCGGGUGGAGGUGGAAUCAGCUGCCAAGAUUGUGGUAACCAAGCGAAGAAAGAUUGUAGCCAUAUGAGAUGUAGGACAUGUUGCAAGAGCCGAGGAUUUCAUUGUGAAACCCAUGUAAAAAGCACUUGGGUCCCUGCCGCCAAGCGUCGUGAACGCCAAGAUAAACUUGCUGCCUUGCAAACCCAUCAUCAUCAUCAUCAACAACAACAACUUCAACUCCAUGGCGGCGACAAUAAUCCCAAACGCCAUAGAGAUUAUAACUCCUCUUCACUUGCCUGCACUCUCAUCCCCACCAACAACAAUACUUCUGGGUUGGAAAUUGGGAAUUUCCCAGCUGAGUUGAACUCUCCAGCUGUGUUUCGUUGCGUUCGUGUUAGUUCUGCUGAUGAUACCGACGAUCAAUACGCGUAUCAAACGGCAGUAAAUAUUGGUGGACAUGUUUUCAAAGGAAUUCUAUACGAUCAAGGACCGGAAAAUAAUUAUAUUCCACCGGGUGAGACCUCGUCCGGUGGUGGUGGGAGUAGUAGUGGAGUGCAACCACUGAAUUUCAUCACUGGAGCCGCUGAUACCACCACCGGAAGCGGUGGUUCAACCGCGGCAUUACCCUUGCUUGAUCCUUCUUCCUUAUAUUCAACGCCGCUUAAUAGCUUCAUGGCGGGUACGCAAUUCUUCCUACCACCAAGAUCUUAAAAGAAAAAAAAAAACUAUUAUCUAGGCAGCUUCAUUUUCUCAUUUUUCUCUUCCAGAUCUCUCACGAACUUUUCUUUCUGUUUAUUAUCUACAUUGACGCAAUAGAUCUGCUGAUAAUUUGUAGUAAAACAAAAAACAAAAAAACAAAAAAAAACCCUUCACUUGAGAAAAUGCUUCGUUUUUUUUUUUCUUUUCUUCUUUUUCUUGUCAGAUUAUUAUUGUCAUUAUUAUUAUUAUGUUUUAAGAGCAAAAUUGGAGAAUAAUGCGUUAAAGUCUGUUGCCUUGUUUUUCAAUUUUGGAUUAAAAUGUUUAUAUAUUUUCGGUUCAAAUUUCAAUGCGUAGUUUUUGAACAUAUAAAAUUAUUCUUCUUCAAAUCCAAAG